CCCUUGACAUCGCAUCCAAGUUUCUCCGGCACGUUCUGCGGAACUGCCCACCCCAGGAUAACGUUGCAGAGCAUAAAUCUGAGUAUCUGGUCGAGUUCUCGGCCGCCGCACGGAAAUGAGUGGCCAAAUUUUGGCCACGGGAGCUUGGGCUCGCGCUACCACCGACGGAGAACUAGUCAUGCGCGAACUCCAGGACGGGGGCCGAUACAAGCCAAUCAGUCACCGGCCAGCGCUUCUGGAGGCCAAGAAUCAUCUUCGCGGCAGCGACGGGAAGGCGCAAUUAACGGAUGACGUCCUCAGCCAGAUGACGUGUGAGGCCGUUGCGUACCGGCUCACAUCGAAGGACAGUGAUAGUGUCUUCGUCAUCGCCGCGGCGCGAAGAUAUAUGCGCUUUCUCCAGUUCACGGUACCGGAGUCUUACGUCACAUCCCUGGAGACCAGCGAGCAAAUGAAAUAUUUAAUCGAACUCCGCGCAACACCCUGGUUUGACUUGAGAAGUCCCAGCGGGCGUAAAAACGCCAUUGGGAACAUCGUGGCUCUGGUUCGUCGUCAGACUCAGGCUACCUCGCCCCCCUCCCAGUAAGGUUUAUCGGCGGACGUCGCGAGAGAUCGUUUCGGCCAACAAACCGGUCUCAACUGUUGGAGUGCUCAAAAGGAAUAGGAAUAGAGGAGACAGGGAGGAAUGAUGAACAGAGAGC